AUGAUAGCUGCUGCUGCCGCAACUACUAAUACUACUAAAAGAAGACGACUCAAAUCGGAUAAUGUCGUUGCAGCAGUUGACUCGAAGAGAACAUAUGCAAACCGAAUGAGUGCUCAACAACAAGAGAUUGACAACCAUUUAGUUCACAGCAGCGGUCUUACGCUUCCUAUUAAUAUCGAUUGUGUCUGUCCGGCCAACAGGCAACUCAAACAAAGUGCGUUGCAAAUGGAUGAAGAUCAAAUAUUAAAAAUCUUAUUCCAGCCAGAAGACGUUUCAGGAUUCUUCUCAAGCACUAUCUCUGAAAAAUUAUCACAUGCCAUUCGAAAAUUCCGGCCUGCUUCAUGGCACUCACUCAGCGCCUCUACAUCAGAUUUUAGAAUAAAUUUCUGA